GGGGGCGUGAUUUGGUGGGUGUCGGUGGGAUGCUGCUGGUGGUGAAGCUAUUCGGGUCCUUCCCUCCAGGUCUAUAUCAUGUCUUCCCGCAUCCGCACCCCAUGAGGCUCUUACCAUACUAUACUGUUCCUUACCUUUUCUUGAUGCUAUUCAUAUUUCAUCCCUCUGUCUCCCAUAUUUUAUUCCUACUUUACUGAAAGUAUGACCGUUCUAAAUCUACAUACAGUCCACUGCACACCAGUUGGUCCCCCGGCCCACCGAUUGCUACUAGUUUCUUCCACUCUCUCCUAGAUGAUACUAUUCUCGAGGCUAUUACUGCGGCUCAUAUGUCACAAAGACGGUUACACUAGUCUGAGUGGUGGAUUAAGAGAAAGCUUCUGCUAACAAAGAUGGAGACGGCUGCCAGUAUCCCUAUAAUUUUCGUUUACCAGCGGCAAAAUCACCCAAUCUACUAACACUGUUCUCCUUCUUUAGUUCGCUUCACAUUCGCAAAUCGUUUCGGCUUCCUGUCGCCUGGAAGACUUUGCCAAAGCAAUAUUGUUCGAAAGAGUCCGCGCGAUCGCUAAAAAAGUGAACCAGUAUGCUAUGAAAACACCCUUGUGUAUAUGCCCUUACACCUACAAAUGAC